CUUGAAAGCUGUAGUCUUGUGAGAGUGAGAGGGAGAGAGAUAUGGCGGCGAGCUCAGGCUACAAGGAGUAUGCUGCCGGGUUCGUCGCCGGAGUCGCCACCGUGGUCACCGGCCACCCCUUCGACACCGUCAAGAUGCAGUCAAUCUCGUCGUUCGCUCGAUCAGUGGCUUCACCCCGAAUGGUGGGAAAGCGAAUCCAAUUCGGCCCUUCUGUUGUCAAAGUUUCGAGCUUUCUUGAUUGGAAAUCUUUCGAUUGUAGACGUCUUGUUGCGAUGAUGUGGCAAGUUACGUACUUGACUGGCUAAUUAAAAUGCUGCAAAAAUGCUCUUGGAACUUAGUAGCUUGAUCUGAACUUGCUUGAGAGUUGAAGGGUCGCUCGUUGGAGUCGCUUAUCGUUCCGGUUGAGGCAAUAUUUUGGAGUUUUGAUGCAUUCUUGAUGGCGGAGUUGGCAUCACGAGUUGGCGAGACCAACCAAAAGAAAAAGGCUACGAAAGUGCAUUAUCUCUGCAUUUUUUGAGUGCGCAAGUUGGGCAUUCCUUGAUUCUCAAGGCAUUAGUUGCUUGGAUUGGUUGGUGGCUAAAAGUUGUGGGAGUGAAAUUGUAGUGAAGCUUCAAAAACACAACACUGAAGUUGGUGAAAUCAAGUAUAGAAAUGGUUUACACUGUGCUGCACGAGUCCUCAAAACUGAAGGAGUUAAAGGUUUGUAUAGAGGAGCUACUUCAUCCUUUGUUGGAAUGGCCUUUGAGAGUUCACUUCUUUUUGGAAUUUAUUCACAAACAAAACAGUCCUUGCAGGCAUAGGGGCUUGCAAACUGAUUUGCCUCAACCCCGAGUUAUCAUUCCUGCCGCAGCUUAUGGUGGAGCAAUGAUCAGUUUUGUAUUAUGUCCAUCUGAGCUGGUGAAGUGUAGGAUGCAAGUCCAAGGUACUGAUUCAGUUGUUCCAAAAUCCAGUAGAUACAGUGGUCCUCUAGAUUGUGCCAUCAAAACCGUAAAAGCUGAUGGGGUUACAGGAAUUUUUCGUGGAGGCUUUGCCACAUUGUUGAGGGAAUCCAUAGGAAAUGCCGUCUUCUUUAGCACUUAUGAGUAUGUUCGCCAUUACAUGCACUUGCAAUUGCAUCAGAACUCUGAUUCAUCUCAGCGCAGACAUGUCGUUGAUAUUGGUAUUGGGGUCGUGACUGGUGGGCUUGGUGGUAUAGCUUUUUGGUGUGCUGUUUUGCCCUUGGACGUGGCAAAAACGAUAAUUCAGACUGCCCCUGAUCGAAAUGAUCCAAGAAAUCCUUUCAGAGUCUUAAGCUCAGUAAGUGAUCAUAAUCGUAUUCAUCUAGCUGCCUGUCAAUGUCAUGUCACUAUACAAUCCGGCAUUCCUCCUUCAUUUAAGUUAGGACUUCUAUUGUUUAAUCUUUUUCUGGCUGUAGAUUUAUGGGAGAGCAGGACUUAGAGGGUGUUAUGCAGGAUUUGGUCCGACGAUAGUUCGGGCAUUUCCUGCUAAUGCAGCUGCCAUUGUCUCCUGGGAACUGGCCAUGAAAAUUUUAGGUAUUCGGCGUGACUGAGGGGUAUCCAUUCAUUGGGUGGAAAUUUUCAGAUACUUAUGUUGCUGCUACUGAUUGCAAAAGCAUGGGAGGUUCUUUGACAAUAGUGAAUUUAUUUGGAGGGAGAAUGGCCUUUCCCUUUUUCAUUUGAUUCUAUGACUGAUUACUACGGUUUUCAACCUUUUUAAACUAACUAUUUGGUUAGGUGGAUGUGUGUUUUACCGGUAUCUUGAUUCUGGGAUUGUAAACUUUUAAGUUCAGUCAAUCUGUAUAUUACUUCAAAAGAUCAGAGAUGAUCAGGAAAA